AUGCAGCCAGAGCUCAUGCCGCGAAUCUACGGUCCUACGAAGCUCCAUAUGAUGGGCUCUGAUCCCGUCGCCGAGAAAGAUAAGACCAGAGGUUGCGUCGAUCCAGAGUCUCAACAAGCUAUGUGCAGCAAAGCAAUGGCAGUGCUCGCAGCCAAGCCGGCCAGAGCCAGACUCAAUUCUAAAAUUGCAGAUGUGCAUCGUUGAGCCCCGUCACUCCUACCGAGCUACUUGUUGAGCUGUAAUGCAAUGCUCGGCACCUUACUGAGUCGCUAAGCGAAANGAGCCGUCCGCNUUUCGACUGCUGUGCUGCGAAACAACAAUGGCGCUCUUGCUCGCGUCAUCUCUCGCAAGAGUUGCAGCAUGUGAAAUACUGCCAUGCAGGACGACUGACGAGACGGUCUUAUGUGAAAUGUAUCCCGUGCCUGUGGAAGUCUGCGAGCAAGCGGAGGGAAUUUUUGACGCCUCAUCUUGUCUCCUCUGGU